CUAGCCGGUCAAAUUCAAAUCCGGUCCAUCCGGUCGGCUCAUUCACGUUGGUACAAAAGUUUAGGAAAUCGAACCAACAAACUAAACGGCGUCGUUAAAUAGUCUGAUGUUGAAACGCAGCUAUUUCUUUUACUCUUCUUCGUCUCUCUCAUUCCCAGUUCCCACCAUUAGGGCUCUCUCUAAAUUCCUCAGUCUCGAGAAUCUUCAUCGUCUUCACGAGCUCACUCGAAGAUGUUAACGGCAGAUAUACCACCGAAUCAAUCAAUCUACAUCCAAAACCUCAACGAAAGGAUCAAGAAAGAGGAAUUGAAGAGAUCUCUUUACUGUUUGUUCUCUCAGUUUGGGAGGAUACUUGAUGUGGUUGCUUUGAAGACUCCGAAGCUCCGAGGACAAGCUUGGGUUACUUUUAGUGAAGUCACUGCUGCUGGUCAUGCUGUUCGUCAGAUGCAAAAUUUUCCCUUCUAUGAUAAACCAAUGCGCUUACAAUAUGCAAAAGCAAAGUCAGAUUGUCUAGCUAAAGCUGAGGGAACUUUCGUUCCAAAAGAUAAGAAGAGGAAGCAAGAAGAAAAAGUUGAAAGAAAGCGUGAAGAUUCCCAACGACCAAACACGGCUAAUGGCCCAAGUGCUAAUGGUCCAAGUGCCAAUAACGGAGUCCCUGCGGUAAGUGUUCUUGUUCUCACCUUCAUCUUCAGAAAAAUCUUCCAUUGUUGGAUCAUGUGAACCAAACUAUUGUUAUCUGGAGAUGAUGCUGAUGUUUUGCGUUUUAUCUCUGCUCUUCUUAAUGCAGCCUUCGUUCCAGCCGAGCGGGCAAGAAACAAUGCCACCAAACAACAUACUCUUCAUUCAGAAUCUCCCACACGAGACAACAAGCAUGAUGCUACAGCUUCUCUUCGAACAGUACCCUGGAUUCAAAGAGAUAAGAAUGAUCGACGCAAAACCAGGAAUCGCGUUUGUAGAGUACGAAGAUGAUGUUCAAGCUUCCAUAGCUAUGCAACCUCUUCAAGGUUUCAAAAUCACUCCCCAGAAUCCAAUGGUCAUCUCUUUCGCCAAGAAAUGAUAAGAGUCUUGUUUUUGUUUGUUUGUUGUCCUUUAAGACGAUAGUACUGGACCAACCAAACCUGGUGUGUAUAACCAACCAACGGUUCUAUUGGUUAACGGAUUAAUCCGGUUUUGGUUUAAUCAUUGAAAGAGACCCUUGAAACGCGGUUUCACACUUGACGAUUUAUCACAAAUUAGGAGACGACUCAUCAAAAAAGAAUAUCUUACUGG